AAUGUUCCAAUCAUUACUCUAUCAAUUCAAAUUGAGGUUUAGAAUGAUCAAUCCAUGUAUAGAAAACAAUUCAAAUUUUAGUUGACAUUAAACAAGAAUUCAAAUUUUUGAAUAAUACUCAACAAUAAUGUACAUUGCAUUCCAAAGAAUAAUUGAAUCAAUCGACUUAUUUAAUGAGAUUUGGUAAUUCUUAAGAAUGUUAUAAUUAGCAAUUCCACAAUAAGAUAAAUGUUUGGGUACGCGUAUAGGGUAAUAUAUAUCACUAAAUGAUCCUAAAUUUGAUAUUGAUACUACGAGAUAUUAUUGUCCCAUUUCAAGGAUUGAUGAUGUUGGAAUGUUUGAUUUAUUGGUACAUGCCAUAUAUGCAGAAAAUAAAAACUUUUCCACUCAUAUUACAACAUUGAAUGUAAAAUUUGCAAUAAUCAUAGGAAGGACAUAUUCUUAACAUUAAUGGACCUUUUACUAAUUACCUUUAUCAUGGUUAUGGUAAUAUUGAAGUUCCUAAAUAUAAUAUCAAUUCAAAUUAUCAAUAUAUAGGCAUAAUUGCAGAAUCUUCAGCAAUUGCAGCUUUCUUUCAAGUUAAUUUAAUUACCUAUUUUAUGAUAGUUAAUAGAAGGUAUAGCCACAAAUGGUGAUAAUACACACAUUGGUCUACUCUAUGUUGCUGAUACUCUUGAGGAAUUAGUUUUGAUGGAAGAAUUGAUUUGGUAUAUGGAGGAGAAAAAGAUAAAUGCUACAUUCAUGUUAAGAAGUGAAAAAGACCCUAUUAAUAAACUAUUUAGUGGUCCAAAGGGUUAAAUGAAACCUGUACAUUUAUAGCAAUAUUUACCAUAACCAAAUGAUCAAACAUUAAUCCUAGUAUGUGGCAGCAGGUAUGGAUUAAUUAUAUUUUAAGGGCAUUUAAAAAAGAAACAAAAUAAUAAUUAGAACAUAUUAACCACCAAAAUAUAGCUAUAAUUUGA